ACUUUCUUCGAUUGGAUGGACGAUGUCUUCGGGCGGGCGGUGCCGGGGGGCGGUCCCGACAGCCCCCGUUCUUGUCCCAGGCCGGGCGCAAGAGGGAGGGAGGGAUCGGGAGGUAGCUGUCGCUGCCUGGCCACGGCGGCUCACUUCCACACCGACGAUCCAGACGGGCCGAGCCAUCCCCGCCUCCCCUGGAGCCGUCUUGGGCCGGGGAUGGGGAACACCGAGAGCGGGGAGCCGGGCGGGAGCCCCGGGAUGUUGCCGCCCCCGCCGGGAAGAGUUCCCAUGCCGGAUCAGGGAGAGCUGGAAGAGCGAUUCGCGAUGGUGCUGAGCUCCAUGAAUCUCCCUCCUGACAAGGCCCGUCUUCUGAGGCAAUAUGACAAUGAAAAGAAAUGGGAUCUAAUUUGUGACCAGGAAAGGUUUCAAGUGAAGAAUCCACCCCAUACAUAUAUACAGAAAUUGAAGAGCUUCCUCGAUCCAGGUGUUACCCGAAAGAAGUUCCGUCGGAGGGUGCAGGAAUCCACCAAAGUGCUGAGGGAGUUGGAGAUCUCUUUAAGGACCAAUCACAUUGGAUGGGUGCGUGAAUUUCUCAAUGAUGAAAACAAAGGCCUGGAUGUGCUGGUGGACUACCUCUCGUUCGCUCAAUGUGCAGUGAUGUUUGAUUUUGAGGGUCUGGAAAAUAGCGAGGAUGGAGCGCUAGAGAAGCUGAAAUCUUGGAGCAGGUCCAUAGAGGAUCUGCAGCACCCCAGCACCCUGUCUGCUCCCUACGCCAACAGCCUUGCUCGCUCUGCGCGCCAGUCUGCUCUCCGAUACACCACCCUUCCCAGCAGAAAAGCUCUGAAAAACUCACGGCUGGUGAGCCAGAAGGAUGAUGUGCACGUGUGCAUCUUGUGUUUACGAGCCAUCAUGAACUAUCAGUACGGAUUCAAUUUGGUCAUGUCACAUCCUCACGCUGUUAAUGAGAUUGCUCUCAGUUUGAACAAUAAAAACCCCAGGACAAAAGCCCUGGUAUUAGAACUGCUGGCAGCUGUGUGUCUUGUGCGAGGCGGUCAUGAGAUCAUUUUGGCUGCCUUUGAGAACUUCAAGGAGGUAUGCAAAGAGCAGUAUCGCUUUGAGAAACUGAUGGAAUAUUUCCGUAAUGAGGAUAGCAAUAUUGACUUCAUGGUAGCCUGUAUGCAAUUCAUCAACAUUGUGGUCCAUUCAGUAGAGGACAUGAACUUCCGAGUGCACUUACAAUACGAGUUCACCAAGCUGGGUUUGGAAGAGUUCUUGCAGAAGUCAAGACACACAGAAAGUGAAAAGCUGCAAGUUCAAAUUCAGGCCUACCUGGACAAUGUGUUUGAUGUAGGUGGGUUGCUAGAAGAUGCCGAGACCAAGAAUGUGGCUUUGGAGAAAGUAGAAGAACUGGAAGAGCACUUAUCGCAUUUGACAGAGAAGCUGCUGGAUCUGGAGAAUGAGAACAUAAUGCGGGUAGCUGAGUUGGAGAAACAACUGUUACAGCGGGAAAAGGAAUUGGAGAUUGUCAAGGAGACGUACGAAAGUGCCAGCCACCAAGUUCAUACAUUGCGCAGAAUUAUCAAGGAGAAGGAAGAAGCCUUCCGGCAUCACUAUACCUCACAUCCAAUGGGGAGUGACCACUUGCCGCUGCCACCACCUCCAGAGGCAGAGAUAAAUUUCUGCGACAUCUCUGAGGAUGAACUCUGCCUGCCUGUCCUGCCUCCUGUGGAGGCUGCCCCUCCUCCGCCGCCUCCUCCGCCACCUCUUCCCCCACCUCCUCCUCCACUACCAGAUAAGUGUCCACCAGCUCCACCUCUUCCUGGCACAUCUCCUUCGGUGAUUCUCACAAUGGGCUUAUCAGCAAUCCGGAUUAAGAAACCCAUCAAGACCAAGUUCCGCUUGCCAGUUUUUAACUGGACAGCAUUGAAGCCCAACCAGAUCAGUGGGACGGUCUUCAGUGAACUGGACGAUGAAAAAAUCUUGGAGGAUCUUGAUCUGGACAAGUUUGAGGAGCUCUUUAAGACCAAAGCACAGGGUCCUGCCAUCGAUCUCCUUUGCUCUAAAAACAAGGCAUCACACAAAUCGGUCAACAAAGUGACCCUGCUGGAGGCCAACCGGGCGAAGAACCUGGCCAUCACGUUGCGGAAGGCAGGCAGGACCACGGAGGAGAUCUGCAAAGCCAUCUACACGUUUGACCUGAAGACCUUACCAGUAGACUUUGUGGAGUGCCUGAUGCGCUUUCUGCCAACGGAGAAUGAGGUCAAACUACUGCGCCAGUAUGAGAAGGAGAGGAAGCCGGUGGAGGAAUUGUCGGAUGAGGACCGCUUCAUGCUGCACUUCAGCAAAGUCGAACGUCUGACCCAGCGCAUGGCCAUUAUGGCGUUCCUGGGCAACUUCAGUGAAAACAUCCAGAUGCUCAUGCCGCAACUCAGUGCCAUUAUCGCUGCCUCAGCGUCCGUCAAAUCGUCACAGAAGCUCAAGCGAAUGCUAGAGAUCAUCCUGGCCCUUGGCAACUACAUGAACAGCAGCAAGCGUGGCUCGGUUUAUGGCUUCAAGCUGCAGAGUCUGGACUUGCUAUUGGACACCAAAUCAACUGACCGGAAGCUGACUCUUCUACAUUUCAUUGCCAUGAUGGUGAAGGAGAAAUAUCCUGAGCUGAGCAACUUCUGGCAGGAACUGCACUUUGUGGAAAAAGCAGCAGCAGUGUCCCUGGAGAAUGUGCUGCUGGACGUGAAGGAACUGGGUCGUGGAAUGGACCUGAUUCGGCGAGAGUGCAGUUUGCACGAACACAGUAUCCUGCGUAACUUCUUGAUCGCCAACGAGGGGAAGUUAGACCGACUCCAGAAAGAUGCUAAGACAGCGGAGGAAGCCUACAACACGGUCGUGCGCUAUUUUGGCGAGAGCCCCAAAACGACACCGCCCUCUGUUUUCUUUCCAGUCUUUGCACGUUUUAUCAGAGCCUACAAGGAUGCAGAACAAGAGAAUGAACUGCGCAAGAAGCAGGAACAAGCUCAAAGGGAGCAGGCAUUGGCCCAAGAAGCUAAGAGGCUAGAGAAGCGCAACAAAUGGCAGCAGCAAGAGUUAAUUGCUGAGCUGAGGCGGCGCCAAGCCAAGGACCACCGGCCUGUUUAUGAAGGCAAAGAUGGGACCAUUGAGGAUAUUAUUACAGAUCCUUACAUGCCCUGCCUUUCCAACUGCGAAUGCUGCACUCCGGUGGCCCCGACCUUGUUCUUUUUUGCCAAAGAAGCAACUUCCGUUCUUUCAAAGACUUUCAACUGAAGGAUCCAAGGGACAUUUAAAAAGUGCCUUCCCGCAACAGUAUUAUUCUUACUCUUUUAUAAUUUAAGAUGUAUUUUUUUAAUCUGUACAUAACGUGUUCCUUCCUACCGGUCCCUUGCUCCUGCAAGCCCAUCAGUGAGUCAACUUGGACAGAUGAGACUGUUCUGGCUUUUGAGAAGGGCCCUGGGCAGCAGGAGGCUGGCACCCUCCCUGAGGGCCUCAAGCCUCAAGCAUCCAAACCAGAAUUGCACUUUGACCAUUCAACUUGUCUUUAAUGGAUGGAGACAAUGAGCACUAUCGUUGCUAGGCCCUGAUGUAUUGCAGCAGGGAAAAAUCAGUCUCUGGUAGUAGGCCUUUGUAUACAGAUCAGGUCUUGUGGAAAAGCUUUGUUGUUGUUGUUGUUGUUGUUGUUGUUGUGUUCAGGAGCAGUCUUUUGCAAUUGUGUGGUUUUCUUAGAACAGGCUGUGAGAGCUGACUCUGGGGAGUUUGAAAGUUAGGCCUUGGUGGCCUUGGAAAACCACUGGAACUUUCUUCCAAAGUGGGGGGGAAAUAGCACCAAAGUCUCAUGUCUCAACUGCACAAAAGUAACUUGUGUUGAUUCAGCAGGGAAAAGUGAUAGUGGCUAGCCAACCCUUGGGGAUCUCAAGAAAAAUCCUGGGUAGGUUACAGACUAUCUCAUUUUUUAAAAGAAACUCUUGCUAUUUUUCCAAAGGAUGAAAAUCUGCUUCCUAUUUGUAUGUGGCAUGUUCUACUCAGUUUUUUUUUUUAAUACUUGGUGGACCAAACAAAACGUAGCACUGCCUAUUAUGCUUAUUGAAGCUUUCAAAAUAAGUAGAAAUUAAGUUAUGCAUGAAGGUUAUUCUUGAUGAAUUUGGCCAAGUCAUUUUAAUUCAUGAAUGAGGUGGGAACUGUUUUUUAUUCAUUGAUGAAGGAUAAAUGGCAUGAUUUCCUAUCAUCAAGAAGAAGAAGAAAUGGGCAGAAUUCCUUGAACUACUUUGGAGUAAGCCUUUUUAAAAUGGAAUUCCUCAUAGUUUCAGGAGAUCCUGCACUGAAGAACUUAUCUAUAAAUAUUACCUCAUGGCUGGAUUGAUUUAACCUGGUUACUGAAGUAAACAAUUUCUGGGUUUUCAUAAUAUGUUGAACUACAGGAUAAGAUUACAUUGCUCACUAAACCACAAACAAACCAUAAUUGACAUGAAGGCCAACCAUACUUAGCAAUUUAUGCAAAUGCAGCCAUUGGAUCUUGAACUAAGUUGUUUAUGAAUAUUAUGUGAGCCAAGAAAUAGAACUCAUUUAUCUCCCCCACACCUGCUCCCUUAAGGUUGUCUAGGUUGGAACUGCCUCUAACUCAACAUGCAUUUGCAAUAAUUGUUGUGCUGAUAGGUUUUGCUUUAACUUCUCUUAACUUGCCUGAUAACUUCUGACCAAAGAUUUUGAGGUAUUAACAGUUUAGGAUAAAGCCACUUGACAUUGGUUAGGUUCUUCAACUGUUUUUAAUUCAGAGAACCGACUUGACUCCUUUUGUGUUUUACAGCACUUUUUGCAGCUAGGAAAUCAAUAGAGCUAAAGAUGCUUCUGUAGAUCAGUCUUCUUCAACUUGGUACCAUCCAGGCGUGUGGGUCUAACCUUUUUGAUGGAGUCAGCAUGGCUAAUUUAUUUGGAGACUUUAAAGUUGGCAAAGUUGAUACAGAGUUUAAUUCACCAAAUAGAUCUUUCGAUGAAGUUGUCUCCACUCUAGUAUUAUGAAGCUGUCUCUUCUUCUGAAGCCUUAAUCUAGAGGGGAAUCAAUUACUAUGUUUGUCUUAUGGACAUUUAUGAACUAUGAUUUUAAUUCCACAGAAGAGUAUUUGCCUAACAGAUUGCCCCAAUAUGAAGUUGCCCACAUAAGACAGGAAGAGAAUUGGGGUUAUUAAACAGCUGUGAUGUCCUGGUCAAUUACACAAUAGGUCUCUUGGAUCAGGCACACUUGAAGCUAUAGAGCAUUUGUUUUGCCAAAAGUAUCCUUUUUAUAAAGUUUCUGGUAUUAAACUGUGCCAAAGAAUUACAGUGAUUCCUGCAACCAAUCCAGUGCCUUAUGUGGAAAAUGGAAGUGGGCUCCAUUGGGCCUUCUAGGGCCUUUGGUGCAGCCCUCAAUGAAUACAGCCAGCCUCCCCUUGAGCCUGCCUUUCUUUCUUAAGUUGUAACAGCUGCUUAUUCUUCAGAGUCCUCUGUUCCAUGGUUGCUAGGUCUGCUAGGAACAUCAGGGCCAUGGGUUGUACUCUUAUUCAGGAAAUAAGAGAACAGAAGUUCCAUUGAGAUUGCUGAGAAGGGUGGCUUUGUGGUAAAGUGCAGAGGUGGAUAUAGUCGUCUAGAUAUGGCCCUCAUCCAUCUCCUGCAUGCAGCUUUCAGGGCCACAAUGUCUGGCACACCCAGAAAAAAAGGUGGGUCUCUGGCAAAUUUAGCAUGCUUGAUAAGAUUUCAGCUUGUGGAUCUGAAUUUUGCUCUUAAGGCCUGUGGGUUUACGAGAUGGCUUUGAAUUGCAAGGGAAAUCAAUGGCUGUGCCAAAUGCAUGGUUUACAUCAGUGAAAAUUCUAGUUUUAGAGUGAUCGCAGACGGCUGGGAGAAGUCACUGUUUCUGUGCUAUUCCUGGAGAGCUGCUGCAGAAACUGUGCUGCUGGAGAAUAGGCCAAUGGUCUGACUUUAUGAUACUUGUCUGCACAGGGAAAGCCACUUAGGGGGAGUCACAGGACUGUAGCCUUCGCAUGAUAUUCAGACUCCCCACCCCAAGUUUAGAAGGUGAAUAGAUCACAUAGUGUUGGCACUUUAUGGAAUAGAACUCUUGAUACUUCCUUCCUUCCUUCCUUCCUUCCUUCCUUCCUUCCUUCCUUCCUUCCUUCCUUCCUUCCUUCCUUCCUUCCUUCCUUCCUUUUAAGACUUCCUCAUUCCGUUCCUUCUGUGACAGUAUAUGGAAAAGGCGGGGGGGGGAUGCCUUUUAUUUCUGGCCCCUUAAUAUAAACAUUUGUUUGAGCAAAUUCUUUUAACAUUAAACAAAGUAUUCAAAAUUCUAGUAUCAUUUGCCGGCGUUGGGGGAGUUAACAAUAUCUCCCACCAGCUAUAUACGAAUCGGCCAUCUCUGCUUCGGGGUGGGGUGGGGUGGGGCGGGGCAGGGAGACGUUAUAAUCUCUUUGGCUUCUCUCAAUCAAAGAUGUCAUCUGCCUCUUCAACCUGGCAAAUUGUAACUGGCAUCACUAUUGAUAAAAUAUCCUUACCUCUUCAUCCACUACAGUGUUUAUACAUAUGAAAACCACUGGCUUAGGGACACCUCCACUGAAAUCAGUCACGCUUACUUGCUUAAAGAAGGGGGCAUGUAUCUAAACCCCUAAAGUGAUGAUUAUCCUUUGAUUAAUGUGUAACUCUAUUCUUGGCCCCUGUGGUUCUUUUCUGUGUGUCUUGUUGCAAAGAGGAAAAUAAACAUGCCGAGGGAACUAGCUAUCCCAUUUCCACCUGUUCUUGUUGAUGAGAAAUACAGAAUGGAUAGCGCCUUGUCCGAACCUUAGUGCCGUUUCUGUGUAAUCGUACCCCUGAUACUAAGCAACCUACAUUGAGACUUGGCUUACUGGUUAAAAACAUGGAAUCCUGUUCCCAGUUGUCAUCAAGAUGUUUCAUCUUGUUUUGAGAGUUGGCUCUAUAUUUAUAAUCACUUAAUCAAGCCUUGUAACUAGAAAAAACGUCGUCUCAGAUGCCCACAUUCCAGCCAAGACCAGGCGAUGAAAAGAUUUAAAGUACAAAUAUAUGUAUGUACUGUAUGUGAUUGAGACAGGACAAUAGUGUGCAGGAAUGACUGAGAAGAGUAAGUUAAAACAAUGGCGGGAACCACAAGUAGGCAAGCCCCUGAAUGUGUGCCAAAACCACUGAAUUUGAACGAUUGCUGGGUAAUGUCUUAGUAAAGGCCAGAAAGUGAGUAAUGCAACCCUCAAGCUUAAGGGUUCUCUUACUCUUGAGCCCUUGGACAAAGGGCAGAAGCAAAUUGCAAGUAGCAUUGUGAAGGUUUGGAGGGAGAGGGUCAGCAUUCUCUCUAGGUAACUCCUAUAAAGGCUGUUGUUUUAGCAUAGCACCCCAGGCAGAAUUAUAAGGCUCAUAAUAUCAACAUCUAUGCAGCUAAUUUGAUUCAGGGUUUGUUCAGUCUUGGUUAUUCUCUUAACUACUUAGCUUGCAAGGAGACCCAGAGAUCAAGGAUUCUUUCAUAUCUUGAUGUUCAAUACCAUCAGGCAUAUUUGUAGGUUGCUUUCACAUAUUCACUUGGAGAUAAGGGACCCUGAACACAAUGGUGGGGGUUUUCUGGAACGCUGACAGAUGUCAAUUUUGAAGCUGCCUGGCCUAGAACUGCAUUGUGAAUGCUAAUACAACACAUCAUCUCAAAUGUUGAUGGCUUAAAGCUAUACAUUUGUGGCUGAACCCACACACAUUGGUCAUGAAAAGCAUGCAUCUGUUUUUCAUGACCAACAUGUCUUAGCUGUAAUAGCACCACGGCUUAUUCUUUACAGAAUGACAGCAGGAACCUUAUGUUGUUUCUACAUCCAAGGGGCUCAGGAUAGUGUCCUGUAUGUGUGCAGUUAUCGGAGACACCCAGCAGAGCAACUUAUGCCUUGUUUCUGUGCUUCCAAGACACACCUGGAUGGCUGCACUUAGCAACAAGAUGAUGGAUGUCUCCCUGGGAAGGUCAGCACACAUUGGUCCUCUUCAGAGAGCAGUGGCACUGUGAAAACAAUUAAUAAAAGCAACGCAUGCACAAUUGUCCUGAGGACAUGUAGUGGCUAGUUUGCUUUUCGUCUGGCACAAGGGCCAGACAUCAAAGCUUCCUGCUGCAGUACAGCCAAAGGACAAAAGACAUUCUGCCAUUCAGAACAUUUGCUUUUUCCACGAUGGGAACUUAAGCUCCAACUCGUAAAAUGAAAACUCUCAUGAAAAAUUUCAAAUGUGAAAGCACCCUUAGAAGUAAGACUGAAUUUGACACUAUUUCAGUGCUAUAUAGAAAACCAAGGGAGAAAGUUAGGGUUGUAGCCACUUCUAUUUCUGAAGCAAACACUAAUAUUGUCCUCCAAUAUACCAAAUGGGACCAAUUCUCCACUCUGCUUUCUCUCGGAGGUUUUUGACCCUGUUCAUGGCAAUGCUAAUUCCCAAGCAGGCAGAGUAUUUCUUGGUGUUACUUCUGGACAGUUUACAGCAUAAUCACUUCAGCAUAGUCCUUCUGUGUAGCUAGAUGUAUCUUUUUUGUACAUGUGAAAAUUAUUAUUGAUUAUACUGUAAGCCAAUGCCUUCCUUCCUCUUGAACUGUACAGAAUUUCUACUAAUGGGAGAAGGGGGGAAAAUAAAACAGAACCAAAGACUA